AUGAAGGAGCUAAUUCUCAGCCUGUGGUUGGUAGCAGUCGCUGCUGCCUCAUCCAAUGACAAGAUUGUCGGGGGAUACGAAUGUAGUCCCCACUCUGUGCCUUGGCAAGUCUCUCUGGACAUGGGGUACCACGGCUGUGGGGGUUCCCUGAUCAGCGACCGGUGGGUUAUCUCUGCUGCCCACUGCUACUACAGUCCAGAUUACCUGAAAGUGCUCUUGGGCGCACACAGCCUCACGGAGCGUACAGGGACAGAGGUGUUGGUUGGAGUGGAUAGUAUCCAUCAGCACCCACAGUUUGAUGGUUACACGCUGGAUCACGACAUCAUGCUGAUUAAACUGGCCGAGACCAUCCGCAUGACUGACGACAUCAGAGCUGUACAAUUGCCAACAGAGUGCCCACUGCCCUACGCCAUGUGCACAGUCUCAGGAUGGGGUAAUACCUAUCCCAAUGAUGUGGUGAUGCCGGAUACGCUGCGGUGUGUGAGGGUUCCGCUGAUGAAUGAUUAUGCCUGUAAUUACGCCUACCCUGGCCUGAUCACCAGCACCAUGAUCUGUGCCGGCUACAUGGAGGGGCAGAAAGAUGCUUGCAAUGGAGACUCCGGGGGUCCGCUGGUAUGUGGUGAGCUACUGGAAGGCAUUGUGUCGUGGGGACAAGGUUGUGCACAGCCAAACUACCCGGGGGUGUACACUAAGGUCUGCACAGUCCUCCCCUGGAUCCACGAAACCAUGGCCACAAACUGAGAUACCUCCAUUUGGACACAGACCAGGCCCUGCCCACUGCUUAACUAGCUGGUCAGGCUAGUUUGUGCUGG